AUGCACCAGCAACAACGGACAAGCUUUCACAAGCCAACAAGAAGUCAUCACCUCGUCCCCAAGAACAUCAACGUCAUCGGAAACGACAACAAUCGUAAGGUUGCAAGCAACUACCAGCCGAAGCGAUGUUAUCGAUUCGAUUCCGUCUUGACAGCAAAAGGGACAACAAGUAGAUGCGAGUGGAAUGCCGCUACACGAACGGAGGAGUCGUCAGCGGAAGCCGUCACUCAAGUCAAGCAGUACCAGUAUCCAUGGAUUGAUUUGUAUCGAUUGCAACAGAAACGAUGUCAUCAAGUACCAGCUUCAUUUGUUUGGUCAUCGCAAUCGAUCGAAGUCAGAAGUACAAGCUGA